GUUUUAGUUCUGUAGUACAUCUACUUCUAGAUGGCCAAGAUCAUUUACAUGCGGGGAACCCGAACCACUUUAUAUCUACAUGUUUUAGUACAGUUAGACUCAGAAGUUCGACUUGGAGUUUCUCUUGCUUUCUUAUAGAAUGUUACACAUUUAUUUACGUGAUAGCUCGCUGUCGCUGCGAAAAAUAUUGUGAACAAACUAUCAUGGGUGGUUGUGCCGGUAAGGGCUUCACAUCCCAAGAACGUGUGAAAAAUCUUAAUACUGAAACGGAACAAUUACAAAUUCCAAGUCAAGGUAGUCCUCAUCUCAAGAUGAUGUCUGAAGGCGAGGCUUUUUUGGGUGCGACUACCUCUGGUGACGAAGAGGAUGUCAUCGCCUUGCCUAGGAUGCAUAAGGAGCUGAGUCCAACUAGGACUAUUUCUGCCGAUUCUGCCGAAGGUUCUCAAGGUUCUCGUGCGGAACCUAGACGACCGCCACCGUUUGGUGCUCCGAGUAGCCGGCGAUCCAAUGCGAGCACCCAUGGUGUGUUUGAGACGCCACGUCGACAAGAAAGCACUAAGACGAGGUCGAGAGCUAGUUUACAGCGUAUCAGUCUACAACACGGAGAUAUUAUGGGGGAAGUGGAUGAUGAAAAACCUCGAAGCAAAGGACGUGGCGGACCUAUCCCGACGCCAAGAGAAACACGCGCUUCGUCUUUGAGGAGGGCUAAUUCUCUAGCUAUUGCGAGACAAGCCGAGAAAGAAAUGCUGGCGAGGCAAGCGAAACAGGCGCAACAACGAACAACAACUACGAGGAAUAGCAGGAGAGAGGAUGACGUCGAACAAAAGCACCAGCAGGCACAGCAAUCUAAAGAGAAAAACGCCAGUGUCAAGCCUGCAGUCUCUGCGUCAAUGCAAAGCACAUCGAUUAGCUCGGCAGCCUCUUCGGGAGAGAGCGUAUCUGCGGAAGAACAAACGCCUUCCAGUGGCCCCUCCAUGAAUGUCAACACAUCACGGCGAGGAGAAGAAGCGAUGGGAAAGGAAAGUAAGCGCUGUGAUGGAAUUCCGGAUACAGAUGAGGCUAAUAGGGCGAACGCGAAGGUAGAGGUGGAUACGAGAGCUACACCCAUGGUGGAGCAGAUAAAUGUAGCGCCUUUGACAGCAGCUUCUCUCACAAGAGAUUUGUCAUCUUCACCACGCCCUAGUGCUAGUACAAGUAGCUCUUCCGGUAGGGGCCCACCGUCGUAUCUGGUCCGGCGACAUUUAGUCGAUAGUGGACGCCAUACUCCGCGAGGGACGACCACGAGCACAGCAACAAGUAGUUCUAGGAUGGAAAAGAAAUCUUCAGUAUCUAUACCGGCAAAACGAGCAGUCCAGAAACAAAAAGCCUCGGCAAAUAGAACUGUGGCAGCUAGCCCUAGUUCGCCAGCUGACAUUUUACGAGAUCAUCUGCAGCUCAGGGAGGCUACUCGAAGGACUAGUAGUACGUUGAAAGAUCAGCCCAUUGGGAAUGCUCCCCGCUUGAGGAGCGCUCCUCCACUUGAACAGCUAGCGCUGUCUGGUACUCCCCGCAACCAGCUUUCGACAAAUACAGAGCAAGAAAUGCUUUUGCAGAAGGACGUAGAGGAACGUGUGAUAUUGGAACCUACAUCGAGCAUUGCUAGUGAAACGAUCCUCAAUUUCAAUAUCGACGCUGCGGAUGAGGAACCGUUGCCUCAGAUAUUGCUUGCGGAUUUAGGGCUGUCUAAGGACCGAGAAGUAGAUUUUCUGGGGGGCGAUAUAGGAGAUGCUGGCUUCAUCCGGGAUGAAACCGAAAGUGAACAAGAAGAAUUUUUUAGUAACACCACUGGUUCUACUGCGGCUGCAACGAAGAUGGCAUCGAACAAUCCUGGAAAGAGCAUCCAGAUAAGCUCGCGGAGUGGCGCAGGCGCACCCGCAAGAGCUAAGGCAUUCGGUGGACCGUCUUUGUUGAGUACUCCUAGAAAUAGGACGAGCGCUUACAAGGAUCCACCGCCCACGACUCCGCGGAGAGCACCUGAUGGUACAACAAAUAAAUCCCAGCAACAAUCAAAGUCAACGAGGGCUUUGAGGAUAAGCAAAAGUACUUUGGCGAGUGCGAAUAUGAACAGAUCUUCUGGUGCUGUGAGUGUGAAAGGAAAUCAAGGUCAGGCCCACAUUGUCGGUGAUCAUCAAAACAUCUUGGUCUUCGACACCGCUGAACCAGAUCGAGUUGCAGACGAACUCAGUAAGUCUAGAGAUGAAACACGAACGAGAAGGAGUGCCUCAGUAGCCUCUACGACCAGGAGAGCUACUGCGCCAGCUCCAACAUCGUCUUCAUCCCAGACUACAACUCAGCCUGCUCGAAGUACAACUACCCUUGCACCUACGAAACGUGCCUCAACGCCAAGCAAAGUUGGGAGGUCGAGACAAAAUGCGUCAUCUGCUUCGCCAGCAUCUUCGAAUGGAGUCGAGCCUUCAGCUGGACCAAUAGUAAUCAGUUAUACAGGCGGCGGCGGCGGAGUGUAUCAGCCACAUGGUGUCGGUGGAAUGAUCCAUCAAAGUCCGAUGGGCAUGCCAAAUAUUUAUAAUCGAGGUAACGCGACACCAGGAGCAGUAGGAGUUGUAACGGCAGUCUCUUCUGGAGGUCAAGCUAAUGAUAUAACCAGGCAAAUGUUCGACAAGAAUACGUUGCGCCUGAUGCCUCAGUGGGCACCGCUUUUUUGUGCGGUCUUGGACAGGAUUCGUGCUAUCGGCCUUGAAAACUACAUGCGCGAACAACAUCAAAAAUGCAUUUUGCAGGUCAUACAAAGAGCAAGCGGAGACAAAGAAACUGCUUGUUUCUUAAUGGAACAACAUGAACAGUCAGAUGUACAACAGAACUGUGGUGGUGCACCUCCACGUGUGAGCAGGAGUAGCAGAGCUUCUGGUACCUCUAGCAGGUCCUCUGGUGUCAGUGUUGUCCGUGGAUCCUCUAAUCAUGGCACUCCAACACCGGGAACCGGUAGCUCAACGGGAGCUUAUUCAUCAGAAUCCUAUGGGAACGGAGGUAAUGGUCUUGGUCAAUCUUCAACUGGCGUUGGUAUGGGUGGUUCCAAGCCCUAUCAAAAUGUCCGAUUUACCACUUUUUGUCGCAAAAGGCCGAUCUUCAACAAAGAGCUGGAGAACGGGGAGUAUGACUGCAUCCAGAUGGUGAAAGGUUAUGGCUGAUACAUUUACAUGUUCUACUACGUGAUUUUGUGAAGGUGGAGUGACGGUGACAGGUGUAAGUAUAAGUAACUCUACGUCGCACUCGCAAGCGAGGCAGCAACAACAUGUGUAAUUUUCAUGGGCCCUUCCACAAUUUUUUGCGUUCUCGUCUAAUCCAUCCGUCCCUCUGCUACUCCUUCCACCGGUUCCACGACAAGCUCAAAGACGGUGACGAAAGGGUAUGUGUGCGCGUCCGUUUGCAGUUUUGAAGCUGAUCUCAAAACGCCAUUUGUACAACACCAUGGUUACGUUUUUGACCACGCGUUUGACGAGACGAGUAGCAACAAGGACGUCUUCCGCAGUGUCAAGGAAAAUGGGUUUCUUCGAUUUUUAUGGCAUCAAGUUCAAGUUGUUGUAGGUGUGUAGAUGUACUUUAUCUCACAUUCUGACUCUUCUAUCGCUCAUGCUGAAUCUGAAUAUCUGAAUUGUGAGGUCAAUGUGAUCCUUUAAUAUCUGACGGUCUGUAGUAGGACUACUGAAAUAAGCUGCGGCCUCCAUGAGAAGCAUGAUUGUGUGAUAUAAUAGAGUGCCUUGCCUCCUUCUCUUUGUAUUUCUAACUCCUGCUCCCGGCAGUAUUGCAACUCUGUUUAUGCUUGGCCAGACCGGAAGCGGAAAAACCUACACGAUGACCGCUUUAGAAGCAAGAGCUGCCGAUUGCAUCUUCAAGGCCAAAACGAACUGUCAACUUUCUUUUGUGGAACUGAGAGCUGGAAAAGUCUACGACUUACUCUACAAAGGACGUGGGUUUGUAGAUAAGAGCAGCCGGAGAAACGAGGUGCAGUUGCGUGAAGUGUCUAGUGGAGUUUAUGAAUUGCAGGGAGCGGAAUCACGGCAGUGCAAUACGGCUUUGGAACUGCAAAAUUGGAUGAAAACGGGACACGAUAGAAGACACACGGAAGCAACGCGCGCAAACGAAGCAGGCUCAUCAAGAAGUCAUGCGGUUAUCACGGUAAAACAAAAGCUAGAACUUUAGAACUACUUACUGCUAAGUACAAUUACAAGCCUGUUACGUGUGUACUAUUUGUUUUUGCACAGCAGCAGGUUGCUUACGAUUUUCUUGAUAGACGAGAUCAAACUCAAAUCGAAGCUACUUUGAUCGUCCGAAGAUGCACAGUCUUCAAUCCAACCUCCUACAGAUCACCAUGUCCGACUGCAAGCUUAUCUUGGUUGAUGCCGCGGGGACCGAACGCAGCAAAGACACCUUUCGUCAUUGCAAACAACGCCAGGACGAAACUGCUGAUAUCAAUGCUUCCCUCUACAGCCUCAAAGAAAUCAUCCGGCAUCGAAGCGCCAAACCUACCGAACCCAUUCCCACCCACCUUUUCCGACAGUCCACACUGACGAAGAUACUAGCAGAAAGUUUUCAAGCGGCGCCCUUUCUGGGAGGAACGGGCGGUGCUAGCAAAGAAGAUCUUCAUAAUAUGCACGCUAACAGCAACGGCACUGGUCAUAGUAGAAUGUCAUCUAGUAGUACCUCAAGUACAAGUUUUCUAGCGAAAUCAAAAUCCUCAUCUUCUAUGAGUGCAUCAGCAGAGCGCCUAAGUCAAUUCUUGGCGACCCUAGGGCACAACAACGGUAAUAUCUCUUCACCAUCUUGCUCUGGUAGUAGCAAGAACAAGCUAAAAGUGAACAAGUCAUCCUCUUCUGUCCUCUACUUUAACGGGUCUCCAAAUCCGCAAUCGCCGCAACCUACUUUCACAUCCCCAAAUCUAACCACCGCUCCAUCCAGAACAUCAUAUGGAGCAACUCUACCAGAGGGACCGCCUGAGAACUUGAUUGGCGUCUUUUGUACUGUUUCUCCUAGCUGCACCGAUGUAGAACACACUUUGACCACGCUGAGAACAGGCUAUGGCAUGGUCCCCUUCGUACCUCCACAGACAAAUACGAACAACAACAGUUUCUCGUGUGGUGCACCUUCUUGCUAUGUUUGCGGUGCAAGUUCUGGCGGAUCGUCUAUAGAACACCAUGGAAGAGAGUUAGGAGGUCCUUUUGCUUCACUCCUAGCUGGUUCCAGUGGCGGUACUGGUGCCUUCGGUGGAGGGCCACAGGGGAAUCAGACUCAAAUGAUGGAAAACAUCAAUACCCAAUCCACCCAACUUCCGUCAUCAGCGCAGCUGUCAGCCCUUCACACGCAACACACCCAUUGUGUGAAGCAAGCGGAUUUACGACGGUUCAUCGGAGAUAUUCAGGUCCGAUAUGUGCCUGUGAACAAGUGGUCACCGCAACACGUGGAGCAAUGGUUCAAGCAGCGAAUCUCAAUAUCAGAGGGUCCUCCGCCUCCAACUCCUAUGACGCCGAGAGGAAGUCCUGUUUUUCAACCUACUCCUCGAACAACAACUUAUGGCGAGGACACUAGCAGCAGCACAGUCACGUCAAUGAUGAUGCUGAGAGGAGAACAACAACAACAAGAGAUGUCUCUUGCUGCAGCAAAUGGCAUGCAAGUUUCAAACGAAGGUGGAUCACAAAUGACGACAUCUUCCUCCUCCUCCGCCCCCGUGGGUAAGCUCCCAGGAGGAACAACAGGGGCCAUGCUACAGCGAUAUCCAUUGACACGUUUUAUUCAGCUUUUUGGGAAGGAGGUUGGGCAGAAGGUAUUCUCUGAUCUGCGUCGGGAGAUGGACACGCCGCAGUUCGUGCCGGUUGCUGUUGGUUGAGCAAGAAGAGUAUUUGUUUUUAUUGUGCAUUAUUGUUGUUCUGAAAAGAAAGAAUUUUGGGCGGAUCAUCUAUUUGGUUGGACUUGAACCAAAUCUAUACACAGAAGUAGUUCUAGAUCUAGUUUGCCUUUGAAUGGUGCAGCCGGUAUUUGGUAACCUGAAUUCGAUCACAAGGAUUCUCUUCUUGUUUUCCCUCUAUUCCUUUGGUAGGGUAGCUUGAUGCAGCUAACCGCGUGUAGGCAAUUCCAAUUCCAUUCUGAUUUUAUGACUAGGACUAUAACAUGGACAUGCCAUCCUGCUAAGAUAAGAAUUUUUGGGUAUCGAAGUUCCAUGCCUUCCUUAUGCGUAGAAUUGACUCCGUCUUCGAUAACCAUUAAGGGCUUACUUACAACUACACUUCUUCAUUGUGGGCUUUUACAACCUUGGCCUUUUGACUUUUUUGGACCCCAUACGCAUGCUCUUAUCCAUUACCAUCCCGAUCCUGAGAUUGAGAACACACUUUCUUGUACCUUGUAAUGUAGUAUUCCCGUUAUUCUACCUCCAGUGAUUAGAUUAUACACCGGCUUUGAAGAUGAAAAAUGCAAGUCGUGCUAGGCAUGUUGUCGACACUCCCACGCGAAAUUGUUCUUGGGACGUAAGGGAUCUGACUUGAGAGGACGCUUUGAAGUUAAUACAGACCAAGCCCGGCGACAGAAA